AUGGUAUUGACAAACGUCUAAACGGGUUUUCAAAAACAAAUACAAAAUAAUAAUUUUCUAAUUAUUUCAUAUCUGAUAUUACGCAAAAGAAAAUUAUUACAUUUUUCAAGCAACAGAGGAACAGCAGCACUGAGCCAAGAAUAAGCAACACCACAAGAAGAACAAGCAAUAAUCCCGUAAAAGUGUGACUGCAACUAAAUACCAGCCUAUCAACACGUGAAUUGAAACGAUUCCACCUACGGAGUUAUGAAAAAUCCUAUCUGGUUCCUUUUAUGGUUAUUGAUUUUGAUUUUCAUCUCGUUUAUUGUGGCCUUUAUCGGUGCAUUCUUUUAUAUUUACCUCUACAUGCUUGAGGCGUGCUGCGAUUGCUGGAAUGGUAUUAACAAUUUUCUACUGAAGUGCGUUCAGUUUCCUCACUACUGUGCCGAAGCGAUGCUUGAAUGUAGAUCUCCAUUUUAGAGCAAAAGAGUUUAACAAGUAAAUAUGUAUCCAUGUAUACAGAAGGCUGUGCAACGUUUCGAAAAAAUGUGCAAGUUGCAAUAACUACCAAAAACCUUGUCAACUCGCUAGUGGUUUAUUUUAAUAAAGAAGUCUUUUUACGCGUUUGCUUACAAAUUUAAUUCAUAGAUACAUUUGCCUUACUCUAUGUAAAGCUAUUUAUAC